AUGGAUGAACUAAAUGAUAAUGUGGACUUAUGUGCCUUAAGUGGCAGUGAAAUCAUGCAACAAGAGACAACAAUUGAAAGUGAGCAACAACUUAACGUGACAUUAACUGAGGAGAGGGAGGAGCAAGGAAGGAGGGAGCAACGACUUGCAGAGAAGAGAACACGACAAGAUGAUGAGGAAAUAGUAGAAGAAGAUGGUUUUGUGACAGUAAUUAGGAAUCAUAAGCGAUUAAAUAGAAUGAAUUCAACUAGUAAACAGUUGAGGCAGGAUGGUGAUGGAUUUGAAUUAGAAAAUUAUGAGUCUGAAGUAAGCGUUUGUGUGACAGGAAAAGAAACUUUACCGAAACAAUUUGGAAUGGCAAAGCUUUUACGGUCAUUCGAUAUUCAAAACAUAACAAAGAUAACAUAUAGGAAUGCUUAUAGAGUUUUGAUUUAUUUUGAUAACAGGGAAAGCGCCUUGAAACUACUCAAUUGUGAAAAGUUUACCAGUUUAGGAUACAGAGUACAAAGAACGGACGAAGUGAAUUUGUGUUAUGGAAUAGUCAGACAGGUAGAUUUAGAGACCGAAGAAAAAGAAAUUAUGGAAAAUUUAUCUUGUGAGCUCGAUAUAAUUUCAAUUAAAAGGUUACGAAGAAUUACUGAUAGCGGAGAAUGGACUGAUUCUGAAACAAUAAGAAUAGGCUUCAAAGGUAACACUUUACCGCCGUAUGUGUAUGGAUACGGCUGCAGGUUCAAAGUGGAACCUUAUACCUUCCCUGUAUCUCAAUGUUCGGGAUGUUGGAAAUAUGGGCACCUUUCUCGUUCAUGUCCAAUUAAAAAAAUCAUAUGUCCUAAAUGUGGUAACAACCACGCAAAUUGUGAAACGAAUAAAUAUGUCUGCGUAAAUUGUAAAGGCCCACAUAUGGCCAUGUUUAAAAAAUGUCCAGUAUUCCUAAAAGAAAAAGAAAUAAGAAACAUCAUGACUAAGCAAAACUGUACUUAUAGGAAAGGAUUAGAAUUAUAUUUAAAAAAUAAGCAAGAUUUUAGAACUAACGCCGAUGUUGGAGAAAUGGAAAUUAAUAAGAAUACCAUGUCAGACCUGGAUAGUCAGCAGAAUACUACUCAGAAAUUAUCUUACAGGGAUAUAGUUAUAACAGAUGCGCUUAUACAUAAUAAUAAUUCGACCGUGAAUAACACUUUUGAAGACGAAGGUUUAACACGGAAAGAUACACAAGAGAAUUGCGUGUUGGAAAAUAAGAAAACGAAGUCAAGAGGAUCCGUUAAGAAGAGCAUGGACAGAUAUAAUGUUGAGCCGGAAAUAAGAAACUUAGAAAAAGACAAAAGCUAUGAUUCUACAAUGGAAUGCACGAAGUAUGCGGCCCAAACGCAAUGA